GCACCCACCUCAGGGACUAUAUAAGGGCGGUGCUUGCACUGCAGGCAUCUUCAGAUCCAGAGCCCCUCCCAGGCAGCAAGCAAAGGGGAAGCAGCUAGCACCACUAUUAUUCUUCCUUGCCCAUCUCUGUGGAAACAAGCUCUGAGAGGAGUCAGGAUUGCCUCACCAUGGAGCAGCUGAGCUUGGCCAACACCCGGUUCGCAGUGGACCUCUUCCGCACCCUGAAGGACAACAACCCCUCUGGGAACAUCUUCAUCUCCCCCAUGAGCAUUUCCUCAGCGCUGGCCAUGGUCUUUCUGGGGGCCAGAGGCACUACCGAGGCACAGAUGUCCAAGACUCUUCACUUCGAUGCAGUUAAGGAGAUUCAUUCAAGUUUUCAGAGUCUGAAUGCUGAUAUCAACAAGCAUGGAGCUCCCUAUAUUCUGAAACUUGCUAAUAGGUUAUAUGGAGAGAAAACCUAUGAGUUCCUCCCUGAGUUCUUAGCUUCAACCCAGGAAAUGUAUGGUGCUGAACUGGCCAGUGUAGAUUUUCAGCGAGCCUCUGAAGAUGCAAGAAAGGUGAUAAACGAGUGGGUCAAAGGGCAGACUGAAGGGAAAAUUCCAGAAUUGUUGGCUGCAGGCAUGGUUGAUAAUAUGACCAAACUUGUGCUAGUUAAUGCCAUCUAUUUCAAAGGAAACUGGCAGGAGACAUUCAGUAAAAAGUCCACAACUGAUACACCGUUCAGAUUGAAUAAGAAAGACACAAAAACAGUGAAAAUGAUGUAUCAGAAGAGCAAAUUUCCAUUUGGCUACAUCGAGGACCUUAAGUGCCGGGUGCUGGAGCUGCCUUACCAAGGCAGGGACCUCAGCAUGGUCAUCCUGCUGCCAGAUGACAUCGAGGACGAGGCCACAGGUCUGAAGAAGAUUGAAGAACAAUUGACUCUGGAAAAACUGCAUGAGUGGACCAACCCUGAGAAUCUGCGUUCCAUUAAAGUCAAUGUGCACCUGCCCAGGUUCAAGCUGGAAGAGAGCUACAACCUCAACUCUCACCUGAAAAGCCUGGGUAUAGAGGAUCUCUUUAAUAGCACGGCUGAUCUGUCUGGCAUGUCAAGAGCCAGAGAUCUUUUUAUAUCAGAAAUUAUCCACAAGUCUUUUGUGGAAGUUAAUGAGGAGGGCACAGAGGCAGCGGCGGCUGCCACAACCUUAAUUAAAAAGAGUGGCAGGCUUUUGCCAGAGGAAAAUUUUGUGGCCGACCAUCCAUUCAUUUUUUUCAUUCGACACAAUCCCUCAACUAACAUCCUGUUCUUAGGCAGACUUUCUUCCCCUUAGAGACUGUGGAAACCCGAGGUCGAGCUCAGAACUGUAUCACUGGCCCUUUCAAAAAUAUAUGAAAAUUAUAUAUCUUCUACAAUAAAUCUACCACCCCCC